GACUGAAGAUAACCAGAAUGUGUGAGGAGAGCUUCGAUUCAGAGCAUGAGGUUUGCAGUAAGCCGGAUUACUCACCGGUUUCCUGGCGGGAGUAUUUUGACGAGAUGGAGGACGUGAGCGUCGGGGCGGACGACAGCAGGGACGUCUUCCGGAUCUAUAAAGCUGGAAACACUGGACCGCUGCUGGUCCUUCUGCACGGGGGAGGACACUCAGCGCUGUCCUGGGCCGUCUUCACCAGAGUCAUCGCCAGCAAAGUGAACUGCAGGGUGCUUUCCAUGGAUCUCAGGGGUCACGGUGACACCCUGGUACGCCAAGCAGACGACUUCUCGACUCAAACCAUGUCCAGCGAUAUAGCCAAUGUGAUUGGUGUCUGUUACGGUGAGACUCCGCCCCCCAUCGUCCUGAUUGGUCACGGUGUUGGCGGUGCGAUCGCAGUUUACACAGCUAGCAACAUGUUGCUAACCACCACUGUGGGACUGGUGGCUAUCGACGUGGUGGAAGGCAGCGCAACAGACGCUCUGCACAGCAUCCAGGACUUCCUGAAGGAAAGACCAAAGUCCUUCAAGUCCAUGGACCACGCUAUAGAGUGGAGCAUCAAAAGCGGGCAAAUCAAGAACCUGGAAUCUGCCAGAGUGUCGAUGGUUGGUCAGGUCAAAAGAUGUGAGGUGGAGGAAGCAGAAACUCUGGAGCAAACCAUCCCGGUGUCCGACGUCGUCAUGGAGCGAAACGAAGAGUUCUACGAUCAAAGCUACGUCGACGACAAAGAAAAUGCAGCAUCGGAGGUGAACCUCAACGAAGGCCAGAGUGUGUAUGUGUGGCGUAUUAACCUGUCUAAGUCGGAGAAGUAUUGGGACGGCUGGUUCAGAGGGACGUCCAAUCUUUUCCUCGCCUUCAACCUUCCCAAACUGCUGCUGCUCGCCGGAAUCGACCGGCUGGACAGAGCUCUGACAAUCGGACAGAUGCAAGGUAAAUUCAUGAUGCAGGUGCUGCCCCCCUGUGGACAUGCAGUGCUAGAAGACAAACCGGAAAAUGUGGCAGACGCCGUGGCCUCCUUCCUGUUGAGACACAAGUUGGCUGAAGCCAGAAGAGAAACCAGGAGCGUCGACUCCUUCACACAAUGAGGUCUGGAGGUUCCUCUCAGCUAACAGAUCAACAUUUUUAUUUUCCAUCUUCAUCAUCAGAAGUUGCAGAAGUUUCUAGUUAAGACUGAAUGUCUGUCUUUUGACUUCCUGUUGUUUAGUUCCUGAUAAAACUUGAUUAAAUAGUUAAAUUAAGCUUAUAUGGCUUUUAUAAUAAUUCAAUAUAUAUCAUCGGUUCCUCCUGUAAACAAGUUAAACACUAGUAAUACAUGAGUUGUUAUGAUAGACUAGCACGUUAGUUUGUUAGAUUAAUUAACAGGUUUCUUUCUACCAGACUUUAAAAUGGGCUUUCUAGUUUUGCAGGAUUAUUAAAAAAAGCAAUUUUGGAGACAUGAGAGUAUAGCAUAGAAAAUAAGAUCAUUAAUGUUGACACAAGAAGAAAAGUACCUGUAUGGGAAUGUAUAGAUCGAUGUGUUCAGUAUUAAACUGUGAUUUACCAACCU